CCCUUCGCCGUGCUGCACUGGGACAGACUGCAGUACAUACUGUAUUGUAGAGCAGAGGCGGAGUUUCACCUCAGCACCGAAACCAGCUGAAAAUUCAGGUGCCCGCAGUCAGUCAGUCAACUCAUAUCAGUAAUGCACACAGGACUACUGCAGGGACCUUUCACUUCACACUACAGGAUUUUAACUAACUAAAGAAAGAGUGAAAACAAUAUCAAGAUAUAAGAGCGAAGGCGCUUAUGGUGUUAUGUAUGUAGUGUAGUGUACAUCUUUACCGGUGUGUUUUCGUGCGUCGUCUGUCGCUUCCUCUUCUCAGUCCAGCAGUUUAACGCCGUAAUUCAGCAGGAGUCAAUGGGAAUUUCUGAUCCUCAGUAAACUAUUUCACUGGACACUGAAAGAAAAAGAGGAUUAUCAAUCGUUUAUUGCUCAUGCGAGUGAGUCCUACUCAUCCUAAGGCUGAUGUCCUUCAAGAGUAGCGUCAGAAACAUGGACGACCCUUUAAAGGUUGACUGAUUCCAGCUGACACCUCAUGAGUGCUUUAUAACUAUGCUGCGAGUCACUAGAGGCCUUAUGGCCACAGUAUCUGCCAACAACUCGCCAAAUUCCCUAACUCAUUUCAGGGAAUGAUCAAACCAUCCUGUCUAGGACAUACGCAUCAAGAUACCUCUUACAUACAGCAGGAAGGAAAAUACCCCAAAUCCAAUGGCAUGGGUCAAGUUCUUCAGGAGACCAGGGGGCAAUCUUUCCAAGUCUUACCAGCCGGGAUCUAUGAUGUCCUUGGCCCCCACCAAGGGACUACUAAAUGAGCCGGGACAGAACAGCUGCUUCCUCAACAGUGCAGUGCAGGUGCUUUGGCACCUCGAUAUCUUCAGACGGAGUCUUCGUCAGCUUCCAAACCACUACUGCUUGGGGGAUUCCUGCAUCUUUUGCGCUUUGAAGGGAAUAUUCUGUCAAUUCCAGCACAGCCGAGAGCGAGCGUUACCCUCAGAUAACCUGCGUAAUGCCCUAGCCGAAACCUUUAAGGAUGAGCAGCGCUUUCAGUUAGGCUUCAUGGAUGAUGCUGCUGAGUGCUUCGAGAACAUUCUAGAAAGGAUUCACCUGCACAUCGCCCCAGAUGCCGAGACUGGCGCUUGCUCAUCCAAAUCUUGUAUCACUCAUCAGAAGUUUGCUAUGGAAGUUUAUGAACAGUCAGUGUGUAGGAGCUGUGGUGCGUCGUCCGACCCGCUACCCUUCACUGAGCUUGUGCACUAUGUGUCCACAACAGCCCUCUGCCAACAAGCCUUGGAGAUGACGAGAGAUGAAAGGUUGCGGCCAGAUAUGUUUGGGGAGUUGCUACAAGCCGCCAGCACAGUUGGAGAUAUGCGGAACUGUCCGAGUAACUGUGGUCAGAGAAUCAAGAUCCGGCGCGUGCUGAUGAACUCUCCAGAAAUCGUGACCAUUGGAUUUGUGUGGGACUCAGAACAUUCAGACCUCACCGAAGACGUCCUCCGCUCUCUCGGAUCAAGCCUCAACCUCUCAGGGCUCUUUUAUCGUGUCACAGACGAGCGUGCGAAGAAGUGUGAGCUGCUGUUGGUGGGAAUGAUCUGUUACUCCAGCAGACAUUAUUGUGCCUUUGCCUACCACACCAAAUCAUCCAAAUGGGUUUUCUUUGAUGACGCCAAUGUCAAAGAGGUGGGAUCCAGGUGGAAAGAUGUGGUCACCAAAUGCAUCAGAGGUCACUUCCAGCCUUUGCUUUUGUUCUAUACUAACCCUGAUGGCAGUGCUGUGAUAACAGACGAGGCCCAGCGGACCAACAGCAGUGCCAGCCAAAAUAAGAGCUCAAUCAAUGGAGACGCACCAGGUACUCCUAUAAUGGGUGGUAAGAAGUUGGAGUUGACUCGAGAAAACUUGACUGCUUUCUUCUCAAAUCAUGGUACACUGAAGCAGAAGACUCAGCCUCCCUCUGUAUUCAGUCGUGGCAGUAACCAGACUAGCGGCGGCAGAGGGCCAGUGAAGAUGAACCUUGAUCCAAAGAGUCGAUUUAGAGAGAUUUUGAGGGAGCUGCCGAAAGAAGGCCGUCCCAUCAACCUUAUCAAAAAGGACUCGGACCGGUCACAGACAAGACCAGAAGCACUUAGGCACCGGGACUCAGCGCCUGAGAAGCCUCACGCCCGCUCACUAUCGCCUCCUGAGAAUGGCUUCAAGCAUCUAGAGUCACGGCUGUACAGCAGCCAGGGCAGAGGUCCGACGAAAGCGGACCGCUGGCCUGUUACGACCACUCACUUCAACCACGAACCACGCUCUCAACCUCAGCCUCGUGUCCCGCUUUAUCCCCCUGGAGAGAAUCGCCCUCGAAGGUUGGAUGUCGGCAACGGCUACGAUACGGACAGCAGUCAGGGCUCUCGCAGCCGAGCCAAUCGGGCUUGGAGGCCGAUGAGAGAGGCACUUAAUGUCGACAGUGUACUAAACAGCGAUAAUAAUCAAAACUCCCACAACUCUCGCAGACAGACCUUUAAUCAGGAGAGCGAAGAGUUGGCAUGGAGCCGACGUGAAGAACGCAAACCCAAGAGUUUAAUGACGAUUUAUGAGGAUGAGCAGAGACAGGACAUGGGCAGCAGGAGCUCGUUAGAAUCGGAGGGUCGUGGACCUCCAGAGCAGGACAGGGUUAAAACAAUCGUCAGCAACCUCAACAUUCGGAUUGAUAACUGGAAAAUCCAGCGAACUGAAUCUGGAUAUGAAAGCAGUGAUCGUCUCAGCAGUAGCUCAGCCAAUCUGGACUCUCCUGUGGUGGAGAACUUGAGCAACAAAGAAAUGCAAUCCAUACCCGAACCAAACCUCUCCAGGGAACCAAACUACCAAAGGAGGUAUGAGGAUUCAAAGGCUGAGAUCUCACAUUCGUCCAUCUUCUACGGUGACCACCAAAAGAAAGCACAUGAUCGUUCCACGAGUCCUGUUAUUCCAAGAAGGCAAGCUUUUAGAUACAUUCCUGGUAAGGAGAAGAUGGAAAAGACUGAGGUAGAACGACCACAUGUAGUAAACGGGAACCCCAUCCCUCCUUAUUUCACCAAGACCAGCAGUUCGGAGUGGAACAGCUCAGAUGACCUUGCCGGUCCCUUUUCCGAGCAGGAGGAUUCGUCGUCACAUGCUGACGUGCCUCCUCAGGUUCCCUCUCGGACUCUAUCUCACUUCACAGCUCCACCGUUGCCUCCAAAACCACGUGUUUUGAGUUCAGAGAACCUACGACACCUCACGCAAGAUCCCUGCCCACCCAGUCCUCAGCGCCUUCUCCGGAACGGCUCUGCCCUGUCCCACAUCCAGCAGAAGUGGCUGGAAAACUCGCAUGAAUCACAUAUGAUCUCGUCGGACACAAGCUCCAAGUCUGGCUCCUCUGAUCAGGAGAGGAAUGAUCUGUCAGCUAGUGAGGGUGAGGAAAAGUUCUCCACCUUUCCUAAACCUGUUGUUGGCUCUCCUGUGAUCCCCACCACUUAUUUCUCCGUGGAUAACUGCAUGACGGACACAUACCGUGCCAAGUACCAUAAAAAGAGACCAGGGCUUUAUAUGAUGGCUGACUCUAGAGCCGGGGAUCACACCUCAUCUGGUGAAAGUGAUUAUGGGGAAAGAGUGUCACCAGCUCCUUCAGAAACACAGGCACCAUCUCACACCAGAGCCAUAGCGCAACCAGUGCAUGCUUCCAGUAAACCCACUGCAAAAUGGAACCCAGUUUCAGUGAAAGGACUGGAUGAACACGGCUUCCUAUGACACCAGUGUCAUCUGUGAAACACAGCGGUAGUGAUGAAACGUGCUAUUACAGGACUCCGAGACAUCUGGAUCAGUGGACGCUAAAGGGCCUUCUCCUGGAAGAUGUCCGUUUCUACACUUUGUGUUGUCUGCAUUCAGAGUGUGUGUGGCAGUAUCAAACAUUACAUUUGCACAUUUUCAAGCCAAAAGAGAACAAUAUUACAUAACUUAGAAGAAAAUAUUCCUUAACACUCCUUAGGCUUGAAUAAAUUUGAUGUAAGAUAACUUAAGACUAAAAAAACUAACAAAACUGAAAGAAUAAGAGUGCUUGAUUGUCCAAUGACGGUUUGCCCCUACGUGCGUUUGUUGAUUUGAAGGGAUGUUUCUGUUCACUGCUUCUGAUUUUCUCUUAAAUGGCUUAAUGUUUUGAUUGUUUUUGGAGAGAAGAGCUGCUAAAAGAUUUGAUUGUAUUUUCAGAAGGUGAAGCUGCUAAAUGUGAAACCAUUCCUGUGUUUAGUAAGAACUGCUUUUGAAAAGAGAAAAUAAGCUCUUCUUAAUGUUUCAUGGCCUUUUUUUGUUGGUUUAGGUGUGUGAUAUCUAUUUUUUUGUUAUUAUUUAGUCCCUGAUCAGUAAUUAAAAUGGGCAACUUUAAAUAUUUUCACCCUUCUAUCCUGUUGUUUUUCAACCAAUGUGCACAGAAAUUCUAGAGAGGACACUGGAGAUUGAAAUGGUCAUUUGUACGUAAAUGGUGGAACUUGACUUUAUUUGGGCACAGGAAAUGUUUGUUUUUCUUUUCAUAUUUGGAACAAUACAAGCUGUACAUUUUGUCAUUUUGUUUGUAUGAUCUUUUUUUUUUUGUAUAUUGCUAGGCUGAACACUGAAUAGUGCCUUAUUUUGUAUGUAAAGAUGGGAUAAAGGUGUUUUUAUCUGUAAAAUGUUAACUUUUUCAAUUCUUUUAUAAUAUUGUAGUUCAUUUUGGUUAAGAACUUUUAAUAAACUGAUUUAUUUAAGCAUAA